AUGAUAGCCUCCUUGCUGACCACUUUGGCCCUUGUUUUGGCCCCAGCUGCCACUGCCUUUGUGUCUGAUUCAGGUCUGCGUUCCUGUGGAAGCACAGCCCGUCUGGCAUCCCCUUAUCCCGAUCCACAGGCAUUGGAGCGCAGCCCUGCAAGUGAUUAUGGUGAAUCUGCAGCUGGUGAUGAUGUUACCAUUGCCCCCUGGAAGGAUGUUCGUCAAUGGCCUGACAAUCGUCCUCCAGCCCCUUUGAUGAGUGUUGCUCCCAAGGGAAGCGUGCCCCAGGGCAGCAUCAAGCCAACCAGCGAGAUCCAGGCAGUUGCUACUCCCGUCGCCAGCAAGGUCCCCGCUGGAUUCAAGGAUAUUGGUAUUGCGGAAGGACAGAAAUUCGAAUUCAAAGGGCUCCCAGAACCCUUGAGGAAGCAGCGUCUUCCCAAGUCUGUGGGUGGACACUUUCGUCCUCAGCUUGUCAUGAAGAGUCCAUCAGAGGGUUGGAUUGGAGGAAGUGAUACCGGAAUCAGUCAUUACCCAGGCGACGAAGCUGUUGGGCAUAUGGAACCAUUCAUGACUACCCUAAAGGAAGGCGUUACUGAUUACCUUGGACAUUGA